AAUGAAAUCAAUUAAAACGAAUAUUCAUAUAUUAUAAUCAACUACAGCAAAUAAGUAUUUUAAAAAUCACAAAAUGAUCUCUAUGAUUCAAUCGAUCUUCAAAAACCAAUAUUUUGAUAGUUUUCCCAUAAAUCUUUUUUAAUUUAAGACGCAACUUAAUAACCUUAAUUCUGGAUUUAUAAGUAUUUUUUUUUUAAGUGUCUUUUUAAUGUAGUACAAUAUUACAAUUCCUUUGUAUCUACAGACUCAGUCACAGUAGCAGUUCAUUCAAAAAAAAAAAAAUUUCAACAGGUAGAUACUCCGACAGAGAAAUUUCGCUAAGAGAGAUUUUCUGUUUAUGUUUUUAUCCUCUCAACCAAAAAUUGUUUAUACACAAAAACACAUGUUCUCCAAAAUUUUGUUUUCAGAGGCGAAGAAAUAAUAAAAAACAAAAAUAUGCAUACUAAGUAUAUUGUGUAUAAUCUUGUGUGUUUUCCAAGUAUUUUUAAGUUCAUUAUUUAGUGAAUCCAAUAAUAGACUUAUAACGCCAUUAGUCUGUUCUAGAUCUUUAGUGGCGCUGGAUCGUGUCUUUUAGAAAAAUAUUUCUAUUCUUUCUUUUUUGUUUUUUUGAAAUUUCAUUGACUAAAUGAAAAUACAUAUAGAAUAAUAUUCAUAUUCUGGAUAAAAAUGAAGGCAAUUUUGCUUUUAUUUUUUAUUAUAACCCAACUUGGACUAUCAACUCAGUUUCAACAAAUUAAAAUUGGUGCGAUUUUUUUCGAAGAUGAACACGAAAUUGAAGCUGCAUUCGAUAUAGCAAUUUAUCGUGUGAAUUUACGGUUUUUCGAUUUGAAACUUUUACCAAUAAAACGUUAUGGAAAUGUUAAAAACAGUGAUAGUAUUUAUCUUCAAAAUUUAGCAUGCGAACUGAUAGGAAAUGGUGUCUCGGCUAUUUUUGGACCAAGUUCAAAGGCACCUAGCGAUAUUGUGGCACUUAUUUGUAAUAGCACCGGCAUUCCUAAUGUACUUUUUGAUUGGAGUCCCGAAGAAAGUAUGACAGAGAGAAUGAAUCAUAGAAUGACAGUAAAUGUAGCACCUUCGACAUCGAUUCUUUCAAAAGCUUACUCAGAUAUUGUUUAUAAUUAUGCAUGGAAAGGAUAUACAGUACUCUAUGAAGAUGAUGAAGCCUUGGUAAGACUUCAAGACUUGCUUCAACUUAAACGAAUUCACGAAGAAGAAAUAAAAGUUCGUAAAUUUACCCGUGACGAUGAUUAUCGUACUGUUUGGAAAGUUGCUAAACAUCAAGGCGAAAGACGAGUUAUACUGGAUUGUUCACCAGAAUUGUUAGCAGAUGUUGUAAAUAGUUCGAUUUUUUUCAAUAUGACAGGACAAUUUAAUAAUUUAUUCUUAACAAAUUUAAACACACAUAAAUCAGAUUUGCGGACAUUAAACAAUGAAAAUUUCAAAGUUAAUAUUACAGCUGUUAGAAUUGAAUUAAAUGUGUACGAUUAUAUUGAGGACACUUCUGUAAUGCCGACACUAGCAUUUGAUGCAAUUUUACUCUUUGCAAACGCAAUUAGUAAUGUUAUAACAAAUGGACAAUUUUUUGAACAUCGUAUGUCUUGUGAUCGCAUUGAAGGCGAAGAGAAAUGGGAACCUGGACAAUUAAUUUUGGAGCAAAUGUUAGCGACAUCAGAAGAAAAUGGAACUUUCAUAACAAAAGGCAUACAAUUCAAUGAAUGGGGUGAACGGGUAAAUUUCAAUUUGGAAAUUUAUCGUCCCAUGAUUGAUCAAGUGAUUGCGGUUUGGAAUCCAGAUGGUCAAGUUAUGACUAAAAAUGAAAAACCUCGAGCAGAAAGUGCUAAUACACAGGAUUAUUCACAAAGUCGAAGGCAUUAUCGAGUAGCUUCUCGAAUUGGUAAACCUUAUCUUAUGCUUAGAGAAGCUGAUGAAAAUGAAAUCCUAACUGGAAAUGCUAGAUUUGAAGGCUAUGCAAUUGAUCUUAUUCACAAGCUAUCAAUAUUAGUUGGAUUUGAUUAUACAUUUGAAAUUGUCGAGGAUAAUAGUUAUGGAAAAUAUAAUCCGGAAACAAAAGAAUGGGAUGGAAUCGUUAGAUAUUUAAUUGAUCAUAAAGCCGAUAUUGGAAUAUGCGAUCUUACUAUAACCCAAUCCCGUCGAUCAGCUGUGGAUUUUACUGUACCGUUUAUGCAAUUGGGUAUCAGUAUUUUGUACUUUAAGAAACCUCCAGCCGACAAAGAUUUAUUUGCCUUUUUAAAACCAUUCGAUGUCGAGGUUUGGAUGUACAUGUUGACAUCUUAUUUAAUUAUCUCUUUGGUUUCCAUUGUCAUGGCCAGAGUAUCACGAGAUGAAUGGGAAAAUCCACAUCCAUGUAAUCCAAAUCCAGAGGAAUUGGAAAACAAAUGGGAUAUUGCAAAUACAUCUUGGCUAACAAUGGGAUCACUUAUGGCCCAAGGUUGUGAUAUAUUGCCAAAAUCUGGACCAAUGCGGUUAAUGAGUGGAAUGUGGUGGUUCUUUUCCUUGAUGAUGUUAAAUUCUUACACAGCCAAUUUGGCUGCUUUCUUGACUGCAUCGAAGUUGGAGAGUGCAAUUAAUAGUAUUGACGAUUUGGCCGAUCAAAAUAAAAUUCAAUUUGGUACUGUGAGUGGAGGCAGUACUUCGACUUUCUUUUCGGAAUCCAAUGACACAGUUUUCCGUUUGGCUUGGUCAAAAAUGAUUUCAGCUCAGCCAACUGUUUUCACAAAAGAUAACGCUGAGGGUGUGGAUCGUGUUAGGAAAAAUCAAGGAACUUAUGCUUUUCUCAUUGAAACAACGGGUAUGGAAUAUGCAAUUGAAAAAGAUGACAAAUGUGAACUUACACAAAUUGGAUCGCAAAUUGGAGAAAAACAUUAUGGAAUUGCAGUUCCAUUGGGUGCCGACUAUCGUUCAAAUUUGAGUGUUGCCAUAUUAAAGCUCAGUGAAAAGGGUGAUUUAUUUACGUUGAAGAAGAAAUGGUGGUCGAAUCCGAAUAAGACUUGUUCCCAAACUGAUGUUGUUGAUGGUAAUGAAUUGUCAAUAGAAGAACUGGGCGGUGUAUUUCUUGUAUUGGGUUGUGGUAUAUUUGCUGCUUUUAUAUUGGGAAUUAUAGAAUUUUUAUGGAAUGUACAGCAAGUUGCAGUAGAAGAGAGGUUAACACCUAUGGAAGCAUUAAAAUCUGAAGUAAUGUUUGCACUUAAAUUCUGGAUAAAAAAGAAACCAGUAAGAACUUCUGGUAGUAGUUCAAGAUCAUCGGCAAGCCGGUCGCGACGUUCUUCGGAUCAAUCACAAGUGUCGACAGCUAAAAAUUCAGUCAAGAAAGUUAGUAUAGAAAAUUAAAAUAAAACUUGAUGAACUUUGGACCCAAGGUUUUUAAAUCGAGGUUUUAAGAAUAAAAGUUUAAGAGAAAAAUUGUAAAAAAUAAUAUUUGUUAAAGAAAUAAAUGAACACAAUUAUUUUUAAAACACAAAAAAUUGUGUUGAAUUUGUAACACCUUGAUAACGAUGAGAUUCGUUGAUUUCAAUAGUUUGGUUCUUCGAACUAAUGUUUUGGACAUAAAUGUAAGGCAUGUGUCAGCAACUGCUUACUUUUGAGCAGAAGAACUGUUGCUUAAGCUUUGCACAGGAGCUGUUAACAGAAACGUAAAUGAUGCUCCUGAUUUCGUCCAAAGAGUCGACUUUUUACAGUUCGAAAACAGUAGAGACUAAUAAAGGACGGAUAUCUGCAACUGUUGGUGAGAUAGAUUGUAUCACAUUAAAAAGAGGCUACAUAGUCGGGACAUCUUCGGGA